AUGGAAACACGGAAAAGUGCGCAAAAAACCAGCAGCAACAACAACGCAACCACCCACAAGCAGCGUCCGAGAAACAUCACCAAUUUGCACGAGCUCCUACCGGGUCUCAACGAUAUCAGCGAUGCAUUUGAAGCCCUACCUCUAGACAUCGUCAAGUACUUUACCUUGUUGAAAGAGAUCGACGCCAAAUGCAUAAACACCAUACCGCAGAUCAACUCUCGCAUCAAGUCAUACAUUGACAAUCUCCAUACAGCAAGCCACCAGAAUGCCCGCAACAACCCACAGGAACAGCUCAAGGAGACACAUCAAUUGAACAUUAUCAAGAACAAAAUCAACGAGAUUAUCCCUUGUUUGGAGGAAAAGAUGCAUGUGACCUCGGUUGCGACUGACUUGUUGAACAAGCACAUGUACCGCAUAAACCAGGACUACAAACUCAUCAUUCAGAACAACGAGAUCCCUGAGAAUGUCAGGAUUGGGCCCUUGAUUCACCCGGCCAUGGUGUUGGACUCGGCGGGGCAGCACGCGAAAGAUGGCGCCACGACGUCUCAUGGUGGUGGUGGUGGUGGCGCUGGUGGUGUCAACUCUACCGCCACCGGUGGAGGCAGUGACCGAGGAGGACACAAUUCUGGCAGUGGUAAUCUGGGAUCGCAGGCGCAACGAAGCGAAAGCAGACGUGAAGUGUUGGCAGCGCGAAAGGCCAACAAGGACGAAGAUAGAGAUAACGGCAAUGGGUCAUCUAGCGCUACGGGGCGGAAGAAGAAACUCAAGGAGCCAACUCCGUUGGAAACUGAUAGCAAGGCUAGUGGCACUGAGAGCAAAAAGAGAGGUAGAAAUGAUGAGCGGAGUAGUGGUGGUGCUGCCACUACCAGUAGCAGUAAGAAGAAGCUGAAAAAAGCGGAAAGCCACGAGAAUGACGAUGUGAGGGACGAUAAUGCCGAGUUUGGCGACGGCUACCAGAACCAAGGCGAGAGCAACACCAACAGCAACAGCAACAGCUCCAGAAACAAGAAUUCAAUUACGCAAAUUGAAAAGCCGCGCGGCGGCGGCGGCAACAACGAACCGACGUAUUGCUAUUGUAAUCAAGUGUCAUUUGGAGAAAUGGUUGGUUGUGACGGAGACGAUUGUAAGCGUGAGUGGUUCCAUUUGCCCUGUAUUGGAUUCAAGAACCCGCCAAAGGGGAAAUGGUACUGUGAUGAUUGUAUGCUCAAGAUGAAGAAACCGAGGAAGGUGUAG